CCACCAUAGUUUCUCCUACACACUUCACAGCCCAUUCUCACAGGCGUCAGUGGUAUUAAGUUGGUUGCAAUCUGCAGCUUCACUGCUAGAUACCACUAAAUACUCCACACUGGACCUUUAAGAUGAUAUAUGCUGACCUAUUUUAGUGAACCGACCCUUUUUAUGUUUUCCAAAGUAACAGUUUUAUGUUGAAUGUGUUUUACAAAUCAGCCACCAGAGGGAGACACAGAGCCAUGUGGUCCAGCUCAGCCUGCAGCUCUGUGGAGCUCUACAGGUUUUCUCUCCAGUGACAACUUUGUAUGACAGUGAAGUUUUACAGCAUGGAUAAAUUCAUUGUUGGUUUUGGACUCUGAAACUGGACAUGUGAAACACAAGUUAAUUACUUUCUACUCUUAUCAAGCUUUUUAGAAGAUUUUUGCUCACAGCCAAUUCUGGAAUAUAUUAUUCAGAUAAAACUACUGACUUGAGAGUCAGUGCUGAGUGUGCUUUAGUCUGGAUCCCCACUGCCAGCAUCAGUCAGGGCAAAGACUUUCACUGUCAUGAUAUAAUGAUAAAGUUGUGCUUUCCUUCAUGGAUCUGUGUCUUCCUCUUCCCCUCUGUGUCCUGCAGCAGUCUGAGAGCUUUCACAUGCAGACUUCCUGUUGUGUUCAGAUCAGGUUUCCCCUCCUGCUGCUGACUAUCCCUGCUGUGUAUUAGCAUGAGAUGAGACUGCAUUGUGAUGCUGCACAGAUUACAAAAUACCCAUUUCCACCUCUGAUUGUCCCUUUGUGGUCAAAGCAGAGGCAGAUUAACCAGAGCUGGGUGGAGGGGGAGGGGGUCAGUCCUGGUGUUAUGCCAGAAGCCAGAGUUGAAGGAUAAACCUGAAAAAGGAACUGUAGGUUUUUUUUUAAAUGGUUGAGAAAUUUCUUUUUCUCACUCGUCCAUUCUACACACACUGAUAAACCUGUUGCUCACUCAGCUUCAGAUCAAUUAACAUGUGAACGUAUUGCACAUUUACUGGCUUUUUUAUGACUAAUAGUUUUUUAGAAUUAAGGGGAAAAAAGGAUAAAAUGGAAAAGAAAACAUAAAAAUAGAGGGACAAAAUAGAGAAAGCACAUAAAAUGAAGUAAUUUGAAAUUACAUCCCAAACCUGCCACAAAAAAGUGAUUGUAAUUCAUUAUUCAAAAAUAUUAUUCAUUAUUCAAUUAUUCAUAUUAUAUUAUGGCUUUUACCUGUCUCCCUUAAAACAAUUAUUGCUGAGAAGUACCACAACAUGUGGAUAUGAGCGCCAUUUUUCUCCAAGAAACAAAAACUACAGUCUGGUGAUGAUCUGGUCCUCCAUGUGCAAAGAAAGAGAUACUGUAGAGACUUAAUGCCAAAAGCCUGUGUAUGUCUCAUGGUUUUCCAUAUGAUUUACGUCUUAUGCUUCAUGUUCUGUAUGGUGCUUGUGAAAGCUGGCAUGUUGAUAAUACAGUUGAUUAUCUUUCAAAAGCAAAGCUAAUAAUUAAAAUAAAAACAAACACAAAGUCCCAAUAUACCUUAUAUUGGUGUCUGGGUGUGACAUAAUGGACAUUGUAUAUGAGUGAGGAAAAAUAACAUACACUUUGAGAGGCAAACUGAGUGGAAACAAUUGAAUCAUUGUGUUCUCAUGAAGAACUGAGUCAUGUUUAACUCAGGAAAGUGACAGGAAGCUGUUUUAGUCAUAGUUUUGAAAGUCUCUCUUUUUUGAUUAGUUGGAGACUUUUCAAAUGUUGUUCAUUUAGUUAGUCAAUCAAAUCUAAUUUCUGCAAAUUGUAUCUGAAUGGAGCUGUUCUUGUCUCUUAGAAAUUUGGAAAUAACUUUUUUUCUAAUUUUUCUAUUUUCUUUGUAAUUAGUACAAAAUUAUAUUCCAGAAAACUUCUUAGGGAAAUAAUUAGAAACUUAUUGAGCCAUAAAAUAGAGCAUUACUAUUUUAUUUCUCAACAUAAAGACUAAUCGCUGUUUUAAAUCCCUUUGCAUGCUACAAGGAAUCUGUCAUUAAUUUAUUGAUGUAUUUAUUUAGUUGGCAUUAAAGGACUAGUGUGUAGGAUUUGGCAGUGAAGUUGCAACAAUUUGAAUACAUUACAUUGAAUACAAUUUGCCUUCCUAGCAUGCAGAAGAAACUAAGGUGGCUGCAAAGCUAGUGAAAAAACAGGAAAGCCCUUAGAGCCAGUGUGGUUUGUCCAUUCUGGGAAAUGGCUCAUUCUAAGGUAACAAAAACACAAGAAUUCCUAUAUUGAGGUGAUUAUACACUAAACAGGAGAGAGAGGUAAGUCUUUGUCACAUUAUAUUGUAAUUAUAUUGUACACUGUUACAAUAUGAGGUAGAAGAUGGACUGUAUGUAUAAAGGAAAAAUGAAUAACAGAAGAAUAAAGCUUCUUGUUGUUGUCUGCAGAGGAGAAGGAGGGGUGUGUUCCUUAAAGGUGGAUUUCCUUUCAGCAGCAGGCUCAUUAACAUGUGAAGGCAGGGCUGGAUGGGCGAGCGAAGUAACCAUACAUGUGUAUGAAGAGAGGGAGGGGGGUCAGUGAGAGAGACAGAGAGGGGAGGUGGAAGGUGAGAAAGAGGGAGAGGAGAUCAGAGAGGUUUUCCAAGUACAAGCAAAAGAAACAUUUGAAGAAAAGUCCACAUUUCCUCAUAAAGCACAGGGAAUGUGACAUUUGUCAGCUGAGUUAUAUUUCAGUCUCUGUUCUUCUAUUUAUAUAUACAAAUACUGUUAUUAUGAGAUUUUCUUGUUUUUAUAAAUAACACUGCACUUUCAUUCUUUGCACUGAAGGGUUUAGGAGAAUAAAAGCCCCACAAAAAGGUUGCUGUAAAUAGAGACAUUCACCAGGAGCUGGAUGCCAGUGAGUUAUUGUAUAUUUAUAUUUGAUAUUUUUAUUUAAUUUUCGGUAUUACAAGCAUAUUGUCCAGUGAAAACAAUGUAUCGCCAGAUAUUUUUUUUAAAUUUGAACUAAAUAUUCCUUAAUUGAUUAGAAAAUGCUGUCAACAAGGCUACUAGCUGAAGAAUUAGCUACAUGCCUUUUAUAGGAAAUCGACAAUAUGUUUUUCAAAUGCACAUUAUUUAUAAUAUCUGCAGGCUUUUAAUUAAAAAUCUCCAAAAUCUCCAAAACUCAUUUUAUUUAGGUAUUUUGGGAUAGUUUCCAUCAUUGUGGAUUCAGACAGACAGACGGACGGAAACGGAGAGCGAUCGGGAGUGGGCGGGGCUUACGGGCCCCUCCCCCUGCCUGAGAGUCACCUGGAGAGCAGAAAGAAGCUGCGGGGGCCACAGACAGCCGCUGCAGGAGGACUCACUGCUUCAUGUGUUUGCGUUUCAUGAAGCUUUUUUCAGUCUCUUUUUUUUAUCACUGAAGGGUUAAAGUGAGCUCACUCCGGAUGAGAACUUUAUUUAUGGACACUUUGACCUUCCCCUGACAGGAAACAGCAAACACUGACGAGUCUGCGUUUGUAUCGUUUUGGAAAUAUUUGGUAGUUUUGGUUGUGUUUAUCCAGGACUACUUUACUGCUACUUUUACUGUGAAGGAAAAGGUACAAUGAGUCGGACGCAGCUGCUCAGGUGAGUCUGAGGAUCAGAUGGAUCUAAAUGAGACUAAUAUCAUGUUUUUUUUUUAAGUUUUAAGUUUUGAGUGUCCCUGAUAAUAAAGUGUGUUUUAUCUGUUUGGAUGUUGCAGGAUCGCGUUGUGCGCAGUGAUCUGUUUCUCUGCUGAUGCUCUGCCUUCUUCAGGUCUGUUUCACACAAUUCAGUUCAAUGCAAAGAGCCUUUAUUGGCAUGGAAUCAGACGUUUACUGACUUACUUACUGUCAAAGCAAGUGUAAAAUUACGUAUAUACAGAUUAGUAAGGUAAAAAGUAAAUAAUAAUAAUUAUAAUAAACUUAAAAUUAAGUAGAAGAACUAAAAAAGGAGACUUGUAGUGCAACAACAAAUACAACACAGUUCUGUUCUCACUGCUGAUCCGGAUUUCUUUUGUGUUUGAGAAACAUUUGAAUAUAUUUGAGUUCAUGUGAGCUGUUUUGUUUUUGUCACAUUAUUUCAGUAGGAUAGUAAGUAAGUAGUAAGAUUACAUAAUUCAGUCCUCAUAAUUAAAAAAUGUUGUAAAUUAUAAGAUAAUUUGCAGUCAUUUGUGGGCCAUUGUUGUCUUUUAUCCGAACAUGGAAAUGAAGAGAGUAAUGUUCUGUGAUCCAUUUAGUGACUUACAGUAGUGUAGUGUAAGUAGUGUGCAGAAUGAUUUGCACUGCAACAAUUAUGUCACCUUGAUGCAAUAUAACACAGACUUGCUCACAAAAGUCUACUCAUUGACUUACAUGACAAUGUAUAAAAAGUCUAAGUUUAAAUCAAACAGUUGAACACAACAGCAUGAAUAGUAAGCUGUGGUGUGAGGUAUUAGAUAGUUGUAGUAAAUGGGCCAAAACAUACAAAACUACUGGUACAGUUGCAGGUGAGCAGAGUAAAGAGAGGGCAGCAGACGUGUUCUCACACAGUGAUGGUUUUCCAGAUUCUGACUUUACCUUUUUUUCCUUUUCAGGCUGUGAAGGAGAUGAGUGCAGCACAGACCAGACCUCCUAUUCAUCGCCCCCCUCCUCCUCUUCUAUCUCACCCUCUCUGGUGGUGAAAUCCCAGCAGCCGUCAGAGGACUUCCUGGCUCAGUUUACCCGAGUGAGCUCAUCAAACAGCGGGGACCGUAAACACCGUGACGCCAGUGCCGUCCUGCCCUUCAUCGGCCUCACAGGCAGUGCUGAGCAGAGUCGGAGCUGCUGUAAGAACGGAGGAACUUGCAUCCUGGGCAGCUUCUGUGCGUGCCCUCCAUUCUUCACGGGGAGGAGCUGCGAGUACGACCAGCGAAUCAGGAGCUGUGGUUCCAUUCCUCAUGGCGAGUGGGUUCAGAAAGGAUGCUCCUACUGUCGCUGUGGUUACGGUGUCCUACACUGCUUCCCCCACGUCUUCCAUAAAGACUGCGAUGACUCGGAGGAGGUGCGUUGGUAUCGUUCGUCGGCUGUCAGGACAGUUCGGACCGGCUGUUUCCUGUAUCUGACACUGUUUCUUCCUCUGCUUCUCCUCCUCCUCUGAUGUUUUUUUCCAAAGUGGAUGCUGGACACAAACACCACAAUUUAUGUGAAAAACUAUGCUAAGAUUUCUCAUGCUGCUGCUUCAUGACUAAAGAUCCGUUUCCAGAUACAAUCAGAUCUUGAUAAGCUUUAAAAAAUAUUUAUUGUAUUUUGUCCAAAUGCUACAGUAGUGAAGGAGUCAAAUAUUGGUUCAAAACUGGAAAUCAGGAGUUGUGAAGACAUGGUACAUGCUUACAGUCUUUAAAAACAAAAUUUCUUGACUUUUAAACUCUGCAGUUGGACUGGGUUGUGGUUUAGGGGGACCUACUGUGAUGUUAUAGUUUAUGGGGACAUACUGGUGGUCUUUGGCACUAAACUGAGCUAUUCAUUGUUGCCUAUGAAAUGGCAGCAAUUAAACCUUUUGAGGACUGUAGGUUAAAUGAUAAUACACCACUUACAUUUCAUGAGUUCAGUACACACAGUUGACCAGUUUCUUCAAAGAAUGAAAACAAUUCUGGUAGUACAUCUGAACUAACUACAUUCCCCCAAUUCAGUUCCACUUGUUUUAAGACAUUUUGAGAAAUGAGUGUAAAUAUAUUUAAAAUCGAUCACUCCAUUGACAGAUUUGAACAUUUGAGGAUUCAGUAUUGACUUAAAAAUAUUACAAUGUGGAUUUUAAUUAAAACCAUAGAAGGCAACAGAUGCGAAAUAAUAAUGAUUACAGCAGGGUAUUUAUCUAUUUAUAACGUCAUGCGCAGUCCCUCUAAAAAAGUGAAUCAGCAGUUUAACAGUGAACGCAGCAGCGAGUGUGUGUGUCUCUGAUUCCUAAAGCUUAUCCUUCCAGUGGAAGGUCGUCUGUGUGUCUACGAUGUCUUGAAGAACAAAAUGUAUGUGAAGGAAGCUGUACAUAAGAUUUUUAUGAAAUGUAUGUUUUUUUUUGUCAUUUUAGGAUCUGUGGCUCAAUGUGAUUUUUUUUCUUUGUAAAAGAAGAUGCAGAGUUUCUCGUUUUUAAAUUUGUGUCUUCUGUCUGUUUGCACAAACUAUGAGCUUAUGGGACAUUUUGUCUCUUUGAAUAAACAUGUAUUGAUUAUGUGUUUACAA